GCAGAAGCUCAAGUUCAAGGCAACAUGGACGUUUUGAAAUCUUUGGGGCAUCCGGAGGAGCUGCUCAAUUUAUUCAAGUUCAAAAUGGGUGGCUGCAGAGCUGUCAUGCCGAAGUUGGAUUAUUUCACCACCUAUUCUGCAUUGGACUUCUGGACAGACACCAUAAGCUGAUGCGGCUAAUUGGACUGAGUCAAAUGAGAUCGCUCUCUCUCUCGCUUGCGCUUGGCUCGAGUGCAUGGACCAGAGAUGACCAUUGACACAGGAUUUGCGUUGCAUAAAGAGCUUGGGGACUUCACCGUUGAGCAGAGGCUGUGCGCAUGUUUCACGGAUAAUCCAUUUUACGCCAAUGUGACCCCGGGGAAAAGAGUCAGCGCCAGGGUUUUAAUGACACCAUUUGAUAUGAAUAUUUUGAUAGCAAUGAUUUAAUAUUAAAGGUAGAGGAAUAAACCGCUCUUCAAAAUAUGUUCGUGCUGUUUUGCCUACAAUGAAGAUUUAUCAUGUUUAGAAUAAAGUUAAUGUAUGACAGCAUGCAGAUAGUCAUGCAGUGUAAUUCCAAAGACUGCCACUAGUUGUUGCGAGUUGCUAUGGUUGCUAUGUUUUCGAAAUGUGUCCGUGGUUAUGUUUGUAAGUUCAUGUUUGGGGUGCAACAUAUGAGAUAAGGAACAGUGAUGCAAAGAGACUCCAGAAAAUAAUGCGCGUAAUUAACUUAAAAUAACAAGACGCAUAUUUUGCAGCCAAUGCAGUUUUUAGUAUUCUUAUUCAUAUUGGCCUAUAGGUACAUUGUAACAUGCAAUCUAAAUAUCAGGAAAGAAAAAGAAGGAAAGUUUAGCUGUGCAAAACACCGAAAAGAGGAAGUUUAUCAUGGCAUUGGGCGCAGUGGGUGGAGUCAUGCCCAAAAUCAUAACAACAGAUCUACAAAGUAGUGGAUCGCCGUAGUAGAGGCCUGAACAGUAGGCGUAUGUCAUUUAUAGAUCAGCAGAGCGGUCUGGGUCCUCCCAAAGCGCAUUACCUCACACGACCCUGCAGCUCUGUUGUCCUCUGCAUGUGUCAAACUUCUCCACUGCCCCCUGUGGUCCUAAAAUGGCGAGUUUUGGUUUGUUCUUUUCGUGCGCUUGAGUUCUCGCAUGGCCGGAGCCUGCUGCAAGUGUCCGGUGUCUCUGUCCGUGUUUAAGCGCUCUUUGUCGGUGGCGCCACGGGGCUCAGGCUCGGUGGCUCCUCGCUCCCUCCUCCUCCCCGGGUGGAGGCUGGGGGAGAGGGGCCUGCAGGAGGCCGCCCGACCCUCCUGCGCCCUCAGACCCACCAGCUUUUACCGACACACGACCUUCCUCUGUCUGUCCUGCCAGGAGUCCAUGAGCGAGAGUCUCAGGACCUGCUACGUGUACCUGAACCAAACCAGCCGAAGUUUUGCAGCUGUCAUCCAGGCCUUGGACGGAGAGCUGAGACAUGCAGUGUGUAUUUUCUACCUGGUACUGCGAGCCUUGGACACUGUUGAGGACGACAUGACCAUCCCACUGGAAAAGAAGGUGCCCAUGUUGAAUAACUUCCACACUUAUCUGUACCAGGAUGAGUGGUGCUUCACCGAGAGCCAGGAGAAGGACCGUCAAGUCCUGGAGGAUUUCCCCACUAUAUCACUGGAAUUCAGAAACCUCGCUCAGGAAUACAGAGAGGUCAUCUCAGAUAUCUGCCACAGAAUGGGAGUGGGAAUGGCUGAAUUUUUGGAGAAGAAAGUUGGAUCCAUGAAGGAGUGGGACAAAUACUGCCACUAUGUGGCUGGGCUGGUCGGCAUCGGCCUGUCACAGCUGUUCUCUGCAUCUCAGCUUGAGGACCCUGAAGUGGGACAAGACAGUGACCUGGCCAAUUCAAUGGGCUUGUUUCUACAGAAGACCAACAUCAUUCGAGAUUAUCUGGAGGACACUCGAGAUGGACGUGCUUUUUGGCCAAAAGAGGCGUGGAACCAGUUUGCAGACCGUCUGGAGGACUUUGCGCAGCCAGAGAAGCUGGAGUCUGCCCUGUCCUGUCUCAACUUUUUAGUCACUGACGCUCUUCACCAUGUCCCAGACGUCAUCACGUAUCUGUCCCGUCUACGCAACCAGAGCGUGUUUAAUUUCUGUGCAAUUCCACAGGUAAUGGCAAUAGCAACAUUAUCAGCAUGCUACAACAACCCCAUGGUCUUUCAGGGAGUUGUGAAGAUCAGAAAAGGACAAGCAGUGACACUUAUGAUGGAGGCCACCAAUAUGAGAGCUGUGCAGGCCAUCAUUGCCCAGUACAGUCAAGAGAUUUUACAUAAGGUGUUGCUCACAGACCCGUCACGGGACAAGACUCUACAUGUACUCAGUGUUAUUCGAGAGAAAUCCCAGUCCAGCUAUGUCACCAGAGCACAUCAUUUGUCGCCCAUGUACUUGUCUGCUGCUAUGCUCCUCGCUGCCCUCAGCUGGCAGUACCUCAGUACUACAGCAGCACAGGCCCAAGGCACAGGGGACAUGCAGGGACAAUAGAGUCAAUAUGCUUAGCUAAUGCAUCAGCAUCUUCAAAUACCAAUAACAACCUUUGGAUUUCAAUUUGUGUAAAUGUUCGCAUCUUGUCAAAGCAGGACAUCAAAAAUUACCCAUUCUUAGGCUUCUCCUGGACCACAAACUGCCCCUAAAUGGAGACCCAUUGUCAAUAAUUUGUAGUAAUGUUGUUUCCAGCUGAAGAAAUUAGGGAAUUUGGUGUAGUUACAUGCACCAUUAUCACUUUAAGGAUCAGGAUGUUGAAUGUGGUUAGUGGGCUUUGUUUCUAUUUUUUUUUUUAAAUUGAAAUUAAUCUUGGCAUCUUGAUCAGUGCUAAAAUGUUUAUAUUUUUCAACAUUUGUUUUACAAAGGAAACUGCACUUCAGUUUUCAUGUUGAUGUUUACUGCCCUUGGUCUUCUCAGUGUACAGAGCUUUGUUGAAUGUUUCAACUGUGCAUCAAUAGAGUACCUCUGCAGUUUAUAGACUUUAAUAAUAUACUUGUGUAUUUCUGACACAAUAUUGAAAUGAAAGUUAGGCAUAUAAAAAUGCUAGCCAAGUGUCCUUACAGCUUUGGUGAGUAGAAAAGGUAGAUGCACCUUGUACAGAACCAAAGAGAGCUCCAAACAUUGCUAUGUAAUGUGUUAUAAUGAUUUGUAAAUAUAUGAUCAAUAAAUGGCUAUAGAGAGGUU